UUGCAACAUUUUCGGAUUGAACGACAUGUUUCCUUGCAACGUUGCGCAACGUUCUGCAACUGGCUUCAAGUGUACACAGCAGGGUGUUCAGGGAACCCACCGUUUCCGUUUUGCUGCGUUUUCUGUGCGCUGAACUCCGCCCAGAUCUCUCUAUAAAUAGGAUGGGGACUGGAGGGGUUUCAGCCAUUUCUACACAGACCAGGAAUCACGAAUGGCUAAGGAGACAUAAAAAAGUGUGAUCCAGUGAACGAACCUGGUGAAGCUCAACACUCAGAAAAGAAUGAUGAAAGCACAGGAGUACAGUCUGAAAUCAUCUGGAUCAUCUGCAACCAAUGAGAAAGUGAUGGCUGAACUCACACUUGUGUUAAUUGGUGACACAAAUUCCAUUGAGAUUGGAUCAAAAAACAUCUUACUUGACCAUGACGAGCAAGCAAAUGUGGAACAGUUUUCAUCCAAACUGUAUGAUUUGUGUGGUCGGCACAUCUAUGUCAUUAACAUGCUUGGUCUGCAAAACAUUGACAAAUUCCCAUUAUAUCAGGAAGUUCAUGCCUUUAUCUUACUGUUACCAAAUGGUCGGCAUAACAGCCAUUAUAGCUCAGGAGUGCAGUGGUUAGAAAAAGCUUUUGGGAAAAGAUCACUUGCUUAUUUAAUGACAGUUGUGACUCAUGAGUCAGAUGAGAAAUGUGAAAGUGCACUGACAGACCUGAAAGCCAACAGCAGUGAAAAAAGAUACCACACAUGUACCAGAAGUAUGAUGGAUGAAACAGAGAUAACAGCUCUACUGGAAAAAAUAGACGUCAUGGUGUCUGAAAAUGAUCCUCACUGCUACAGUGGACUGAUCUGUGAUGAAAAUAAAGAACACAAAGAAGAGGUCAAUUCCUCAGAGUUUCAGCAAAAUCAAACAGUAGACCAGCUGGAGGAGACUGCAGCUACAUCAGAUGUAAAGUGCGAUCUAGUGAAUGCUAAACACUCAGAUAAGAGUGACAACAGCAGAACAGUUGGAGGAGAAUCUGAUAUCAAGUCUGUAUCAUCUAGAGCCAACGAGAAAGUUAUUUUAUUGUAGGUAUCUUAGAUAUGGAAAUGAGUGGAAACAAGGACGAGCAGUCAGUGAAAAUUUCUGAAGAGAUCAACAGGAAGAAAGAACAUCAAAGAGAAACUGAAACACUGCUUGGCAGACUUCACCUUCAAGACAAACAUCAACAGAAGUUGACACCAGCAGAUUUUCUUAAAAUCGGCCCACCUAUGAAACAGGACCAGGACACAUCUGAGAAAGAUCUAGCUCGUACUUUUCUUCAGAGGUUGAUGAUGUUAGACUACAGAGCCAGAUACAUUCCUGUAAGACAAGACAGACCUGAGGUGAGCCAGUCAAAGCUUGUUCCAGUGUUUGACACUGAGACAGAAGAUGAUGACUUAGAUGCUCUUUUUAGCACCAGUGUAGACUCAGAUCAAUCAAAACAGACUCACGUGCAUCCAGUGGAUGUUCAAAUGGCAGUAUUUCACUGCUCAGACAGCUUCCUUAAGCAGAACAUGAUCACAAAGCUAUCACAAUGUCAGUAUGCCUUACCUUUGCUUGUUCCUGACCCAGUCACAAUGGAGAUUGAAUGCCCUCUGUGGACUUUCAGACAAAUAAUGAAAACAUGGAAGAUAACUCAAAUCAAAGAUGAUUCAAACACUGUCACCAUGAAGAGUAUGCCCAUCUGCAAAGCUGAGACACCCAUGGUGUCAUUUUUCCGCCUGGGUUCACUGUCACUAUCUAAAUCUCAGCUGAUGAACUCUUUGAUCAACGACCGUCACAGCACCUUCUUCCACAGAAACUGCCCAGGUAGCACCAAGUCUCGCCAUCUGAUGGAUGGUGUGGCAGAGAUAGCCUGGUACUGCCCUGCUGGAAAACACAACGAUGCAUUCACUGACUGCAUAGCCUUCUGUAAUCUUCAUGGUGAUGCUCUGUCAACUGACAAACAGCGUGACAUACUGAUGGAAAAAUCUUCAGUCACUGUUGUUCUUGUACCAACUCUGGAAAAAGGUGACAAAAGUUCUAAAGUUAUCUCAGCACUUUACAAGUCUCCAAAGCCUCUCAUUAUUCUCAUUGCUGAUAACGAUGGUGGUGCAGUUCAGUUGAAAAAGGGAAAAUACAAAAUGGGUCUGAAAGACAGAAGCCAGUCAGAUGUUUCUGACGAACUGAAAGGAAUCAUUGGAAACAUUUUGUCUGGACCACAUGCAUCCUUCAAACUUGAAGCCAUGGCUGAGGUCUCUGGAAUCAGAGUGGAUGAAGAAGACAAAGGCUGCCAAAAAGGGAAAUCUGCUGCAAUGAAAAUAGUGAAUUUGCUUCAGGAGAUGGAUGUUUCAAAGAUUAAAGAUAGAUUUCUCCCUUGUCAAGGCCGACUGUGGCAUGAGUGGUGCAAAAUAAACAAAGAACUGUAUCACCUCAGAGGACACAUUGAGAAAGAGAAAGCUGUGAAGCAAAAUAAAUUAAAGCAAAUACGGGACGAUCAAUGCGCUGCUUCCUGCAGUGAACUGAUGACGUUGUUCAUUGAAAGCCUCUCAUCUUUGUCAUCAACAGACAAAGAGUAUUUCCUGAAAUGGACUCAGAUCUUAAUAGAUGCGCUCUCCACAGACGAUCUCUCUUUAAUUCUCCAAAGCUAUGAUGAAAAGUGGUCUGAGGUCUUGGCUUUGAAGAAGAAACAUGACAAAUCUGAUCAGCUUAGAAGAAAGCAAACUGAGCUUGAACAAAUAUCAACAAAUCUACAGUCAGCAACUUUUGGCUUGGAGCACAUCUUUAGAGAAAUGGGACAGAUCUAUGAAGCUCAUGCAUCCCUGCAGAAACAAGAAAAGGAGGGACAGACUGACUGGUCUAAAUACCCUGAGCUGGCUGCAGAGCUGAUGAUAUCAGGACACCCAAUGGAGCUGAUGGAUGGUGAUGCAGGUCAUGUGCCUUUGACAUGGAUCUCCGGUGUUUUAAAUGAAGUCAUCAAGAAACUGGGCGACCAGAAAGUUUUUGUUUUGUCAGUUUUAGGCGUACAAAGCAGUGGAAAAUCCACCAUGCUGAAUGCCAUGUUUGGAUUACAGUUUUCAGUGAGUGCUGGCAGGUGCACCAAAGGUGCCUUCAUGCAGCUGGUCAAAGUGUCAGACGAGAUCAAGCAAGACUUUCAGUUUGACUACGUUCUGGUGGUGGACACUGAAGGUUUGCGUGCUCUUGAGUUGGAAGGUAACGCCACUCUUCACCAUGACAAUGAACUGGCAACAUUUGUUGUUGGUCUGGGAAACAUGACAUUAAUCAACAUCUUUGGAGAGAAUCCAGCUGAGAUGCAAGAUGUUCUGCAGAUUGUUGUUCAGGCUUUCAUGAGGAUGAAGAAGGUUAAACUUUCUCCAAGUUGUGUGUUUGUUCACCAGAAUGUUACAGAUAUUGCAGCUGCAGAGAAAAACAUGGAUGGAAAGAGACGCCUGCAAGAAAAACUGGACCUGAUGGCCCAACUAGCAGCCAAAGAGGAGGUUUGUGAUGCAGAGUGCUUCAGUGACGUCAUUGCAUUUGACGUGCAGAAAGAUGUGAAGUACUUUGCCCAACUAUGGGAGGGAAGUCCACCUAUGGCUCCUCCAAAUCCAGGUUAUAGUGAGAGUGUCCAAGAGCUGAAGAGCAUCAUCCUCUCUAAAGCUUCACAGUCUGCUGGCAUUACUCUCUCACAGUUCAAAGGCAAAAUUCAGGACUUAUGGAAUGCCCUGAUGAACGAACACUUUGUUUUCAGUUUCAAAAACACACUUGAAAUUGCAGUUUACAGGAAACUUGAGGUGCAGUAUGGGAACUGGACCUGGACCCUGAGGAGCGACAUGUUGACCAUUGAGAACCAGCUUUAUACCAGAAUUGAAAAUGGAAAACUUGACAAGGUUGAUCUCAAUUAUCUGUUUAAAGAAAUGAGCCAAACAUAUGGAGAAAUCAAAAAAGCAAUGACAACGUACUUUGAGGACAACAGAGACAAAGAAAUGUUGGUUCAGUGGCGAGGACGAUUUGAAAGCAAAAUCAAGGAGUUUCAUGAUGAACAAGUGGGAGGAGUUAAACGAAAACUGGAAGAAGUUAUCCGGCAGAAGAAUGCUUGUAAAAAGUCAGAUGAUAAGAAAACAGAGUUUGAGAACAAGCUGCUACAAAAGAGCAAAGAGCUCGCUCAUCAGUUAAAAGACAAAGCAAAGGAUGAAGAGGAACUUAAAAGGCAGUUCAACUCUGUUUGGAGCAGCUGGGUCACUGAGCUAACUGCAGAUAUUAAACCUAUUGAGGACAUCAACUUGAAAGAAGAUCAGUUUACUGUCCUUCAAGAGUUUGGUUUUGAGUGGUCUCUUAUAGAUGAAUCCAAAAGCAGUGGCAAGUACAACAACAUGUCAGAGGCUGGCAAUUACAUUCAUUAUGUAACCCUCACAAAGCACCAAGAUGCUUACAGCCAAAUUACUAAAUUUGUUGCAGAAAAAGCUACAAAAGUAGGGCUUUACUUGAAGGAGCAUUUCCAGCAUGAAGAUCAGGAACGGAUCAGAUCCCUCAUUGACGAUGUCGAACAGCAGACCACAGACAUGAUCAAAAGCAAACCUGUCGCUACAAGAGGCUACAGUCCAACUUACUUGCAAGAAAUGGCCAAAAAUGUUCAAACAAAAGUGACAGAAUUUGAAUCAAAGAGGAAAUAUACUCUGAAGAAGAAGUUUACAGUUGACCUCUUGCUGUAUGUGUUUCACAGAGCAGAGAGUUGGCUUUCACAGUCCCAUAAGAAAUUCAAAAUGAACAACGAUGCCCUCACUUAUUUAGAAAACAAGAAGAUGCAAUAUUACAACAUUUUCGGAAGCUUCUGCAGAGGAAGCUCGUCUGCUGUUGUGCUUGGAGGACUGAUCUGUGAAAAGCUGAAGGUUUCCACUGUCGAGGCUGUCUGUAACAAGACUGCCAUUGAUCUCGCUGGAGAGAUGAAGUGCAGUUUCCCAGCAUUCAGUGGGAACAGGCUGAACUUGGAGAAACAUGUGUUGAAGUCACUGGCUGAGAAAGAGGACUUGGAUGGUUUUAUCACCUACAUCCAACACCCAAGGAAGCAAGUUGAGACUUUCAUAAAAGACGAAGUAAAGAAAUACAUCUUCACAGAACAAAGAUAUAAAGCACGAAAUAUACUCAAGAAAAAUGUUGAAGACAUCAAUAAAUGUGUGAGUCAAGCUUUAUUUACUGCAACAGAGGAAGUCAAAAUCCAGAGAGGAGACACAGACAUGUGGGUGGAAGAGUUUUCCAGUUUGUUAAAAGAUGAGUUAACAUUUGACCCCAUUUGUUGUCAAAACUUCAAAGACAUAAACAACUUUGACUUUCUGAAAGAACAGAUAGAGAGAGGCCUUAUAUCCAUCAUGAAGGAAGUGAGCAGCCUCUCACUGGAUAAGAUUGAGGAAUUCAGACUGAAACCUGAUCAAAUCCUCAUCGAUCAGCUGUGUAACUGCUGCUGGGUCACGUGUCCAUUCUGUGCAGCUGUUUGUACCAACACCAUGAAAAAUCACAGUCCAGACAAACACAAUGUCCCUUUUCAUCGCCCCUCUGGGAUCAGGGGAUGGCACGUUAGAAACACAGUGGAACUGGUCAUCGACUUCUGCACAACUUUAGUUGCAAGUGAUGGAUGUUUCUACCCCGAGCAUGAUUCAAAAGAGACUUUUCCUUACAAACGGUAUCAAAAUGCUGGAGAGAAGUAUGCUACGUGGCAGAUUACUCCUGAUGCAUCUAAACUGACAUACUGGAAAUGGUUUGUGUGUCGAUUUCAGGAGCAACUGGAAGACCACCAUAAAUUAAAAUUCCAGGGCAGAGGAGAAAUUCCCAAUGAGUGGAGAAAACACAGUAAAGAAGAAGCUAUUAAAAGUCUGGUUGAAAUGUACAAUCUGUAGUGACCCAGAAACAACCGAGCUCUACUCAAAUAACAGAAGCCCAAAGUGUCUUUAACUGUAUUAGGAGUUUUUGAUUUAAUUGCGGUAUUGAGGAUGAUGCCUUUCCAAAAUGAUUGAUAGUGCAAAUUCAUCAUUUGAUCAAUGUUUUAUUGUCUUAUGUACAGUUUAGUAAGUUGUAGUAUAACAUUAACAGUAAAUAGGAAUCCUGAAAAUGUCCUGAGGCAAAGAAGAGCACAAUGUAUGUGUAAUGACAAAUUAUGUGUUUGUUCGCCUUCAAAGGAUGAUCAUAAAAACAGAGACAGAUUAGGGAAAAGUCAUUUAGGUUUCUGAUCUAAUUAUUAUUUUACAAGAUGAUGAAGAUGCAUGACAUUUGUAUGUGAACAUUUAAACUUGAAAAAUUAUUUAAGUUGUCAGAUAUUAGACGUAUUUUUAUUCCUCUAAAAAAAGUAACGAGCUAUGAUUUGAGUUUUUUUAAAAACCUUUUUACAUGACAGUUCUAAGUUUUAUACUUCUCAAAAAACUUUUUUUGAGAUCAAAGAUCAAAGAAAGGUGUAGGAGUUUAAGCUAAGACAUUUUAUCAGACAUGUGAAUAAUUGAGUUCAUUCUAAAUAACAAAUUACCAUUUUUAUAUUACAGGUCUCAUUAAAAGACAUCAUUACAGGAUUUGUAGUUUUGAUAGAAGUUGUACAUUGUAUCUCUGCAACUGUUUUUUGUAAACUGUUUGAGCAAAGAACUGAGAAUGAAUUGAUGAAGUGUUAUUGAUUAUGAAAAUGCAUGAAACUUGUAUUUGAAUAGGACUUGAGUCCCAUGAUAAGAGAGAGUUGUGAGUUGAGGUUUUGUUAACCUUUUAACUGCAUCUGUUGUCCAACUCAUUUUACAUGUAACAAACAUUUUACUCUUUUACUUUGUUUUUAUUCUGUACUUUACUAAUUUUUUUAAGAUUUGAUAAUUGAUCCAUUAUUUUUCUCAAGUAUUUGGCGUAUUCACUAAUUUCACACUAAUCUAAUUUUAAAUGAUUAUAUUUGAUUUGUAUUUUGUCCAUAUUGGAAUUGGUUUUGUUGUUUUCUCAGUUUGACUCCUUACAUAUAAUAAAUUGAUAUAAUUACUAACAGAUAUAGUAGUCUUUGUGAAAAAAAAAAUUUGUAUUUUUUCUUUUACUGUAAUAAAAACACCCUUCACACAGUCA